CUCUGAUAUGCAUCAUUUGGUACAAUGUAAUUGCUCGAAUUCUAGAAUGAAAAAGAUGAUUAUUGGUACAAAACUUAUAUGAUUUACAAACGAGAAACUCAUAAAUGUAAUGAAUGCGGUGGCAGUUCCUUUUUAAAAACAUUCUCUAGAAAUUUAUCGAACAAGACUAUAAUUACUAACGCACUUAAAAGAGCGGAACAAAAUUUUCUUAAAAAUGAUAAUCAACGAACUUUGAAGUCGAUAAAUGCUGUUAACUCUGAAGUAUUCCUAUUGUCACUCUUUAACCAUGAUGAAGAAAAUGAAGAAGUAGAAGGUCACAUUUCGCUUUAUACAUAUUCAUUUUUGUCACAUAUCUUCCAUCGAAAUUAUAUCUCCUAUUACAGAAUAUUCAUCAGAUAUUGCAAAUGUCUCAGAUCAUAUCGUAUAUGAUAAAUACAGAUUAAAUUCCUUGAGAAAAUCCUUUAUCGAACCCGAAAAAAUAACCCAUCCUUUUCGUACUUUUUUGAAAGAAUUUCAUUCUAUCGAUUACAGAAACUGUCAUUGUUAUGACAAAAUUAACUCCAUAUAUUGGCAAUUGAGUCAACAUAUGCAACAAAUAGGUUGUAGUAUUUGAUCCUAGCAAAAAUAUACGUUUAUUUUUUUGAUCGAUCAAUCGAUCAUAAGACGACUUUAUUCUAGGUUCGGAAGAAGAUAUGUUGGAAUUUCUAAUCGAAUAUAGCAUAGGAUUAAUUUACAUUGCAGAGCCAAUGUAUGCUUUAAAAAUUCUUAAAUUUGCCGAACAAAAAAACGAGAAAUUAAAAAACGAAUGUCGGAAAAAAGAAAAAUGUAACGUAUAUUCCAUCGUUAAUAAAGGAAUAAUUUUGAUAUUGAUGGGUAUGUAGCUGAUUUUGUUCUAAUUGUAUAAUUAUUUCAAGAAAAUGAUUUUUAGGCGAUGCUAACGUGGCACUAGGUCAUUUUUCGCAAGCAAAGAUAAUGUAUAACAAAGCAAUAGCGUUGCGAACUACCAUACCACAAUCAUCAAUAGCUAUUUGUUACGUAAUCUGCAUAGAAAGCUUAUAUUUACAAAUAGGAACAAAAUUUUUACGAUAUUUUGUCAAUCGUUAUCGAGGACCUACAGCUUUUGAUAGGUUGGAAUUGGCAUCUUAUCUUGCACGAUUUUCUUCGAUUCUUAUGAUAGAGAGAAAAGAAAAACUUGCGAAGUCGAUCAUUUUACAAAGUCUCAGAUUAGGAUUCGAAAAUUCAGGUAAUUUUUUAAAACAGGCCAAGAUUUACUUGGCUGCUGUAAAAGUUCUUCGACGUACAGCUAACUUCAACUUUAUCAAACGCCUCGAGAAUCUCAUGAUAGAGAUAAUAACAAAAAAAAUAUAUUGGUUCUGCCCUGAAGACGUAAUGUUUAUAUCGGAAAUAUUUUUGGCGAUGUACGAAAUCAGAGCUUUGAGAGGUGAAUUUGAAAAGGCCAUAGAAUUUGGUAAAAAAAUAUUGAAAAUAGCAUGCGCGAUGAAAUUUAUCCAUGUGAAACUUGCCUUGUUGCCAUCUUUUAUAGAAAUCAUGGUAUGGACGAAACAUAUCAGCGAAGCAGUUGAUCUUAUCAACGAACUUUAUUACAUCUCAGACGAGGACAUUGACAAUUCAGCGAUUACUUGGUAUUAUGCUCUUUGCUUGGAAUUACUCUUAGAAGCUGGAAUAUUUUUGGAAUCUUACGAAUCCUGUUUCCAGUAUGCCAAAACAAUCGUCGCUUGCGAUACGAAAGCUUGCGUUUCUCGCGAUCCAAUCUGUCUUACUCGACUUCUUAGUGGUUUAUGGAUUUGGCAAUUGCGAAUGGGAUACAACAUUGACGAAAGUUUUGAAAUAACUAUAGAUACUUAUACGACUCAAGUUGAACAUGAUAAUUUUUCUGCCAUUGCCUCUUGCAGCCAAGUAAUCCAUUCGAAUUAGUAUCAUUAAUCACGACGAUAUAUUCUAAGUAUUC